AUGCCCAAGACGUUGCCCGUGUCGAACACUAACCCGUCCACCAGCUCGUCUCCAUCCCCCCAUGUUCUACGUAGGAAUCAGGCGUGUCACCAGUGCCGCAGGCGCAAGCUAAAAUGUGACGCCAACAGACCGUGUUCCACCUGCGUGCGCUCGCAUGCUUACGCUGUUGCCCACGCUCCUCCCGGAGCGAACCUCCCAGCGCACCCGGAGUGCACUUUUGAUGCCGUAUCCACCGAGACUGUCCAGCAGGAGCCGCAGGAGCACCCUAAGAAUAGAUUUGAACGCCUCGAGCGAAAAAUCAACGAACUCGAGGCGCUUCUGCGGGAGAAAGAUAAGAUGACGAGCGAGGCAUUUAUCCCGCCGGCCAACAACCCCAAUGAUCCCUUGUAUUUGAAUUCUGCACUGGACCCAAUUCUAGCUCUCGAAUCUCAGAUGGCCUUGCAGAAUGCCGGACAACCGCUCGACUUCGCGCAGUUCCAUGCGGGAACGGCAUUGGACAAUUUGGCAGACGUCGCAAGUCUGAUGGACACGCCAACACCACCUCUUCCGUCAAGCUCGGCCACAAUAGCCUCGUCAUCUCCAUCUGGAUCCGAUUCCCAUUUGGAUAUGCUCACGGCUUCUUGGCCAAAGAACUUGCCCAAUCCGGAUUUCCUACGGCAUCUUGUGGAAGCGUACUUUGCUUUCAAUGCAGACGCAGGCCGACUCUUCCACGGCCCCACGUUUCUGACGUCGCUCUCACUUCCGCCAACCCAUCAUGACUUUCCGUCGACCGCGGUUCUGCAUGCCAUCUGCGCGGUGGGCAGCAUGUACACCGGGGCCGUACCGCCCCCCCCAAUUCCGUCCUACACAGUUCCAGCAGAUGAUCCAUGGCCCGGACACCUCAAGAACGCAGAGCACUGGUCCGACACCUUUGCCGAGCUGCAAGUAAAAUAUGCCCGUGCCGAGAUAGAAGAAAUGAUCUACAACGGAGUAAAGCUCCUCCAAGUCGUACAAUCCCAGAUCCUCAUCGCAUCGUGGUACUGGUCCAAUGCAAAGUGGUCAUCGAUCUACACUGCUACGGGGCUAUCCGUGCGCUUCCUCAUGCCGCUCGGGCUAAAUGUCUGCCCGCCGUUCCAUGGGCUUUACAACGGCCAUCGCCCGCCAUCUCUUAUCCCGCCGGCGAAAACGGUCAUCGAAGAUGAGAUGCGGCGCAACGUAUUCUGGCUUGCAUAUGCGUCUGAACGCAUACACGGCUGCUCUCAUGCUUGGGCAAUACUACUUGAUGACCUCGAUGUCUCGCAGUUGCUUCCCGUCCGCGGUGACCAGUUUGAGCAAGGCAUGCUGGUCCUUCCAGAGGAUCGACAGUGGUCGCACGACCGUAAUGUCUUGACAAUCCAUCCUGUAGGACAAGUUGAUGCAUUUACAUUGUACAUCAAGGCGUGCAUGAUGCUCUCACGGGUGAAGAACUUCAACAUGCGCUUCCGCGCGCGCUAUUAUGUCGGCGACCCUGCGGUAGCGUCGUACAGUCCUGCAGCGUACAGCGCGAUGGCUGGGGGAUCGCAUGCGCAUAUCGACGAGCGCGAGCGCAGCCAGCGCCCGCGGGACGUGCGCGAUACGCCCGCGUUCGUCGAGCUCGACCAGCUCGUCGCGGCGUUCCUCCCGUCAUUUCCACCCCACCUGCGUAACCCGCUGCAGCACAACACGGUCAACGUACAUCUGUUCUCGGCAUGCAAUGCCCCGCAUCUUGCUCAAAUUCUGUUGCACGAGUCGCACGCCAUCAUUGGGGCUGCGUCGUGCAUCUCGUCCGUCAAGAUACUGAACGCGGCACGUCGUAUUCUUAAUUUGCUGUACGACGUGUGCUCGACGAGCUAUGAUCUCGCUCUGCUGGGACACUUCGCCAAUAUUUGUUGGUUCAUGGCGGGUAGGAUUCUCGUGCGCUUUCUCGAUGUGGCAACACAGAUGAAGAGCGAGGAGCAGUGCACGAUACUUAAGGUAGAACUGGAGUUCAUUCGGUCUACACUCUCCCGAGUAGGCGAGCGUGUCCCUCUUGCUCACCGCUACGGGAAGAUGUUGCAGGACUUCAACGUGCAUAUAUGUGGGGAACCCCAGACGCAGGACUAUGCGGAGCCUCUGCACCUGCAUCAGAGCACGUCGGCCUCGCCCGACGCACACUACGGCGAGGCGCAGCCGGCAAUAAACCCGGCCCUGGCAGGCCCACGGCCGCACCAUCGCCACCCGCGCGCAAGUGCGGGGAGCGUGCGGUCCAUGACAUCGUGA